AUGGAUCUGGCGGCGGAAGAGCUUCAAUUCCUGAGCAUGGCCGACAUCCUCAAGGAGUCGAUUUCAAUCCCCAAACAAUCCCCCAAGACCUUCUACCUCAUAACCCUAACCCUAAUUUUCCCCCUUUCCUUCGCCAUCUUGGCUCACUCGCUUUUCACCCACCCUAUCCUCGCCCAGCUCCAGUCCGAAGCCACCGCCUCCUCCUCCGCCAUCUGGUCCAAGCUCCUGAUCUUUCAGUUCUGCUACCUCAUCUUUCUCUUCGCCUUCUCUCUCCUCUCCACCGCCGCCGUCGUCUUCACCGUCGCCUCGCUCUACACCGCCAAGCCCGUCUCCUUCUCUUCCACCAUAGCCGCCAUCCCAAGCGUGUUCCGCCGUCUGUUCAUCACCUUCAUAUGGGUCUCGUUGCUGAUGGUGGUCUACAACGUCGUCUUCCUCGGGUUCCUUGUCCUCUUCAUCAUAGCCGUGGACUUGCAGAGUGUUUCCUUGUUUAUAUUCUCUGCCGUGGUGAUUUUCAUUCUUUUUCUGGGUGUGCACGUCUAUAUAAGCGCUUUGUGGCAUCUCGCGAGUGUGGUGUCUGUUCUCGAGCCCAUUUACGGGUUUGCUGCUAUGAAGAAGAGCUAUGAGCUGUUGAAGGGGAAGGCCCGAGUGGGAUUCUCGUUAGUGUUCGUGUACUUGGCUGCUUGUGGAGUGAUCAAUGGAUUUUUCGGGUCGAUUGUGGUGCAUGGAGGGGAUGAUUAUGGGGUUUUCUCGAGGAUUGUGGUUGGUGGAUUUCUUGUUGGUGUGUUGGUAAUUGUGAAUCUGAUUGGUUUUCUUGUGCAGAGCGUGUUUUACUAUGUCUGCAAGAGCUAUCAUCAUCAGAAUAUCGAUAAGAGUGCACUUUACGAUCAUCUGGGCGGGUACCUCGGGGAAUAUGUGCCUCUUAAGAGCAGCAUUCAGAUGGAAAACUUGGAUGCAUGA